AUGGAAAGACACAACACCACUAAUUCAAAAAAAUCCAUUAGGAAGCUCAGGUCUGUAGACGUCCUCAUCAAGAGAAAGGCAUACUGCCCAUCAACCCUAAAAACACAAGCAAAGAAACUUAAAAACACAAUCACCACCACAAAACAAAUAGAAACACCAAAAAGAAUCAUCAGGAUCCUGUCGCCUGCCAGCAGAGUAGAAAUCUCAAGUAAUUCAGAAUCAAAAAAGUACGAAUCCGUUAGAAAAAUAGACUUCAGCUAA